GUACGUGCCAAUAAACGCGUCUCCUUUGUGUUAUAAGAGCGACACAGUCAGAAUGAUGCUGAAUCUACAGCGCAACUUCAGCAGUUCUUUAGGAAACUUGACUGUAGCAGAUGAAAGAUGCAUGGAGGAUUUCUACAAAUGCUCAUGAAGAGGAAGGAGUUGAUUCCUCUGAUUGGGUUUGUUGGAUGUGCUGCACUUGGAGCAACAACAGCUUCGAUUUACUUCUUACUGACCAAACCGGACGUCAUUUUAAACAAGACCAGAAACCCAGAGCCGUGGGAGACAUUAGAUCCAUCGAAACCCCAGAAGCUCAUAACCAUUAACCAGCAGUGGAAACCAGUGGAGGAGCUGGAGCUGGUGAAGAAGCUGACCAGAUGAUCUCCUCUGAAUGUCCAUGUUAAAUUAAUCGGGAUCUGAACUCAAUGUUUGAAUGCACUGGAUUGUACUUUAAACAUGCACUGUGCCUUUAACUGUGUGUACUGGAUGUAAACUGAAAUAAAUGUAUGAUAUGAAUUAAAAA